AUGCAUUCUCUCAGGGCUUCCAGCAUCGCCCUCCUUUCCCUCCUGUCUACCGCCCUGGCCCAGACAUUCACGUCAUGCAAUCCCUUGGAAAAGGAUGAUUGUCCUGAUAUGCAGGCGUUGGGUGUUUCCAACUACAGCAUUGAUUUCACAAAGAGCAUGAUGUCCAAAGAGGUAUGGAACACGACGGCAGGAUCGGUCGAUUUUGAGAACCCUGGCGCGCAAUUCACCAUCAACAAGCGAGGAGACGCACCCACAGUCCAGACCAACUUCUACAUCUUCUUCGGCCAGGUUGAGGUCAUCAUGAAGGCUUCCGUUGGCCAAGGUGUUGUCUCCUCCAUCGUCAUGCAGUCGGAAGAUUUGGACGAGGUCGAUUGGGAGUGGAUCGGAGGCAACGACUCGUAUGUUCAAACCAACUACUUCGGCAAAGGCAACACCACCAGCUUCGACCGUGCCGUCUGGCAUCCGGUCAGCAAACCUCAAGACGAGUACCACAAUUAUACCGUUGAUUGGUCGAGAGAAAAGCUAGAAUGGUUCAUUGAUGGCCAAUCCAUCCGUGUCCUCAAUGCCCAAGAUGCCAACGGGGGCAAGAACUUUCCUCAAACCCCUUGCAACGUUCGUCUCGGUAUCUGGGCCGGUGGUGACCCAAAGAACCCCAAUGGUACCAUUGAGUGGGCUGGAGGUGUGACCGACUACGACAACACCCCGUACACCAUGACCGUUCGUUCUGUCCGUGUCAGUGAUGCUACACAAGCCACACAGUACCAAUGGGGUGACAGGACUGGCAGUUGGCAGAGCAUCAAGGUCGUCAACGAUACGAAGCCCAUCAAACUCGACGGCCAAAACGGCUCAUCCACCGUGCAGAGCAUCGAGCAGAAAUGGAACGGCCUCAGCCCACAGACCAAAUACAUCAUCGGCGGUGUCGUGGGCGGUGUCGUCCUCCUAGCCAUCUGCAUCUUUGCCUUCUGCUGCAUCCGCCAACGCCGCGCCGGCAAGCACGAGAAACUCAUCGAGGACGCCAAGUACGAGAAGAAUGCCGCCGAGGUCAUGGCCUACCGCAAUGGCAUGACGCGGAUGCGCAGUGAUGGCUUCAAGGGCGCCCACGUAAACGUCGCACCCGUCAUGGGCAAUGCUGGCGCCAUGUACCAGAACCAAGGUCUGACUCAGCCCAUGAUGGGUGGAAUGAGCCCAAACCCCGGCUACGGUUACCCACAGAGCGUCAGCUCGUAUGGGAGUCGGGGCGGGUAUCAGAAAUACUGA